AUGCGCUCAAUAUCUGCCCUCGUGGCUUUGGCCUUUGCAGCCUCAUUUAAACUUGCAGCGGCAGGCAAAUGCAAGCCUUCCUCACCUCUUGAGGUAGACACAACAGCACAAUCCACUUCCAUCAUCAGUGGAACAGCAACAAAGUCAGCACCGGCCUCUCAAACCACCGAAGGUCCUAUCAUCAUCACCAAUGCUGUGACCAACGGCGACUUUGGAGGUUACGAUCCCUCCGCUGACGGCGGCAUCUACGCCUUCCAGGCUGGUGGCAGUGCCAAACUUCUCCAAGGUCCCGGACAUCAAGGCCAAAGUGAAGAAAGAAACUGUGUACAGCUCAAGACGGGCCUCACCAGAAAGCGACAAACACCUCCCGAGAACCCCUGGAUCCAGCAGCAGCUUGAACAGCUGGAGCCCAGCGAAUACACCGUUCGCUUCUGGUACUCCGUCGUUAAGAACGAUUUGGCCGAUACAUGCCGUAUCGAGGGCUACUAUGGCGGCGAACAAUUUGGAGCAACUCCUUACUUUCCUGUUGUUAGCGGCGAUGGUAACAAGUGGCUCGAGUUUGUUGAUAACAUGGCUGUUACGACAGACAGUGGAAUGAUUCGAUUUGAACUUGUCUGUGUCAAUGGGGGCUCUGCAGAAGCUUACUUUGACCAGGUCUUUGUGUCUAACAAGAUCGGUGAUGAAUGGGUUGAUGGUAUCUCACUAUUCUUCCCUACUUCUAAGCAUGCGGCUACCGUUGGUCCUGCUCAGACUAGCACGGCCCUUUCUGUUGACACUGCUGUUACAACUAGCAAGGACAUCAACACAUCCGAUGUGCCUACAACUCAGUCUUCGGAAGUGCCUUCUACCAUAGAAGACGCUUUAGUAACCGAAAAGACAACCGACACAGCUUCGACAACUGCACCAUCCUCUACUCCCACAGUUAAAGACGACGAAGUUACCCCAUCCGGCCCCAAAGUUUGCGCAAAACUUGGAGCUGGCGCUGCUGGUCGAGGUUGCGCCAAGAGGCCAUACAGCAGCAAGCAGGGCUACAAACGAUUCGGCGGUAGUAAGAUCAUCAAGGAGCAAUGUGCUGCUCUCUGUCUAGCAGACACAAAAUGUCAAAGUUUCGAGUGGCUAUACUCUGGUAGUGGUUGCGCAAACACAUGUAACCUCUUUGCCACGGAAUUGGCCGACAUAGCUACCAACGGAGGCCUCGACGCUGCCUGGGCUUACGACAGAACUUGCAUCCAAGAGGAUCAGUGCUCGGAGCAACCUGCUGGAACUGUUUGCGUCAACGUUAACGCUGAUACCCCUGCCAAGUCCUGUACCCAACUGCAAGGUGUAGCCAAGGCGUGCGCUAAGCCCUUCCUCACAGCUCCUACAAGGGGAGCCUGUGGUCUUACGAACGAGUGCCGCGAUCUUUGCGCCAAAUAUCCUUCAUGUAAGUCUUACUCGGCUACCUUUGGAAGCUGUAGUCUGUACAAUGCUAGGUCUUCUGAGGUUGCGGAACCUGCGAAUGCGUAUAGCUUCUUUUACGAUAUGGACUGUCAUGCUUGUGGAACGGGCAAUGCUUACUUUGAUUACAUCGCUCGUGGUCAGGAUCCGGAUAACUUGCCUCAGUGGACAUGUCCUGUUGAUGGAAAGACAACUCUGGCUGUUUCAACAACUGCUGAGCCGGCUGUUGUAACUACUUCCAGUGUUGAAGCAACCACCAGUGCAGGCCCAACAGAGAACGAAAACGCCAUGACCACAACGGUGCCAACCACUACUGUCGCACCUCCUUCUGCUACGACUUCAAUCUGCCCCAACGGUGUUCCAUCUCCAGGGCUUUGCUCCAGUGCGAACCCAGUGCCAUCAAAGGCACUCUGUGGAAAGCGUGGCUGGCCCCAAUUCAUUGACGCUUACGGAUAUGGCCUUGACGACCGUCCAAAUCAGCGCUCCGUCGAAGAUUGCGCCCUAAUCUGCAAAACCGACCGUCAAUGUUUGGCCUUUGGUUUUGACGACAGCCAGCCCAGACUCAAGUGUCUGCUUAGUUCAUCAGACUUGGAGGAUGCUUCUGUCGAUGAGAACUCUGGUAGCAAUGCUGUUUGGUACGACAUGAAGUGCAUGUCCUGCAAGGUAUGCGGUGAGAAAGAAACUGAUCCUACGCCUUCACCACCUGAGCUGGGCUGCUCGGUACUCAGUGACAACGCUGGUUGUAGAUACAAGGAGAACGGCGAGUGGCCUAUUGGUAACAACGGAAGAGGUGUUACUGGCUACACCUGUCAUAGCAACGGAAAGGUCACACUCGGAGAACCCUUUUCAGCAAGUACUGAUAUCUGGCCACGGCAAGCGUCUGAGAUCCAGUGUACGGAGACAUGCUUGCAGCUCGAGAACUGUAAGUCUUCUGCAUUCAACAGAGAUACAUUCCGCUGUGAGUUCUUCAGCACAUCUCUUCAAGAUGCCGGGUAUAGGUUCCGCGAUGGUAGUAAUGUGUGGUAUAACGACAAUGCAUGCUUUGACUGCUCGGGGCUGUGCAAGGAGCCUCCGCGGAGAGGACACACUGGGACUGAGAGCGUCUCUUUCUUCCCUCCGCCUACCGAGGCUCCUACGACUAUGAGAACCUCUACUCGUCCUGUCGACCAAGAACCUGUCACCACAUUUGCUGCGACUAGAACCACAUCUGCCGUCAGUGAGGCCGCUACAUCAACUGCCCCUCAAACUGAGCCCACAGCCUGCUCCGUACCUGUGGCUUCUCUUAGUGACAACGUUACCUGCGGUCUUCCAGGCGUGAGCAACGCGGCGCAAUCCAAACAGGUCGACGGCUAUUUGAUCAAGGUCACAGGAACCUUGGAGAAAUGCGCUCUUGAGUGUCUGCAGAUUGCUGAAUGCAAGGGCUUCGUCUUCCAGAAGGACACUGCCAAGUGCAAUGUGUUUACAGCCGGGACAGCGGAGCUGGAGUUGGUUUAUCAUCCCCCAUCAGCUGAUCGGUUUUAUGAUAGGGAUUGCUUCAAGUGUGGAUCUUGA